AUGCCGCCAAAAUCGACGCGUGCGAGACGCGGAAGAUCGCAGAAACAAAAUGAGAGUAGAGAAGUGUCAGCGACGCCAAGUGAAAGGUGAGGAAUCUUUGGGAAAAUCAAGAAAACUCAAAUUUUCCAGCAAAUCAAGGGAAGUCAGCGAAGAAGUGCAAUCUUCAAGUGAUGAAGAGGAAGAAGUGGAAGUUCCAGUUUUAAUGAUUAAAGAAAGAGAAAAAAGAAGCACUGCGGGCAAUAAAAUGCAAGCUCUUCUAGCAUCUGCAGACCAGGAAGACGAAUUUUAUAAAACCGCCUAUGGUGGUUUUGACGAGAAUAAUGAGGCGGAUAAAGAAUUCGAAAGUCCAGUGCAUUCUGAAGACGAAGAUGAUGAAGUUGAUUCGGAUUUUGAUAAACCAGAAGAUGAUGGAAAUGAUCAAGGGAAUUCUGGAGGCGAGGAAAAUGAGGAGAAAUCGAAUCGCAGGAAGAGAAAGUUCAAAGAACCUAAAAGAGGUCUAACUGCUGAUGAUAUUCUAGCAAAGAAUAAAAAAUGGGCGAUGGCUCGAUUAGCUGGAAAUAUUGUUGAGGCAAAUUCGGUUGAUGAAAAAACCCAAGCUCAAAUGUUGAAAGAAGCCGAGAAAACGGAAAAACUCAAUAUUGAAAGUUUGAAAAAGUGAGCCUGGCCCAAAAACCAGAAAAAAAAUGAAUUUUCUACAGAUACGAGGAAUUCGAGUUGGAAAAGAAGAAGAAACGGGAGAAGAAUAGUGUUCGAGUUUUCCCGCCGGGUCCAAGGCAGAAAAUUAAAAUGACUAGAGAGGGAACUAGUAUUACUAUGGCUGAAGUUAAGGUAACUAUGCUUGAAGUGUGAAAAUCUUGUGAAAAAUGCUGCUUUUUCGACUAGAAAUCGUUGAAAAUCGAAAAUCUGACAAUUUUUGAUCGGAUUUUUUUUGUUUUAUUUUUUUUUGUCAUUUUUCACGUGAAAAAUCAGUGAUUUUCAUAAUUUCUGAUUUGAUUUGAGCUAUGAAAAUGUGAUUUUCAGGUUUGGGAUGUUGAAAAUAUCAAAAUUUGUCUGAAAAUCCCAAUUUUCAUAGGAAAAUGCAGGUUUACUUGUGUUUUCACAUGAAAUUUCGAGAUUUUGGUCCUAACUCUGAAAAUCAAUAGUUCUAAUGCAAAAAUUGCUGAAAAUCUGAAAUCUCACUGAAAACUGCGAUUUUUUCAGUGAAAUUUGAGAUUUUUGGCAGAGAUGCGGAAGCUAUGCCCAAAUUUUCGAAUUUCAUGGGUUUCUUGGGUGAAAAUUGAGCACUUUCAAGCUCCAGGACUCGAAAAUCUGGAAUUUGUCUGAAAAUCUCGAAUUUUCAUAGGAAAAUGCAGGUUUACUUGUGUUUUCACAUGAAAAUUCGAGAUUUUCAGACAGAUUUUGGCCAGUUGUAAUAUAACAAUUGCUGAAAAUCUGGAAUUUCACUGAAAACUAAGAUUUUUCUGUGAAAUUUCGGAUUUUUGAACUUGAGAUGGGUUUGGAGCUCUAAAUUGAUCAAUUGAUCAAAAGCUAUGCCCAAAUUUUCGAAUUUUUCCGGAAAAUUUUCCAAUUUUCCCCUUGCAAAAUAUAAUUUUUGCUCUUUUUCCCACCAAAUAACCAAAUACAUACACAUAUUUUUUCGAAGCAAAACUUCGUGUCCCCCCUCUUUUCAUCCUUUUCUGCUCCUCAAAAAUGCUCCAAUUCUUUUUUUGAGGACCUCCCCUUCUCUUCUUCUUCUUCUUCUAAAAACGACCAACAAAAAAAAUAUGAGCGGCCAAACAUUUUCUCUUCUUUUUUUCCCUUUGCUUUUGGUUUUCUUCUUCUUCUUCUUUCGUUUUUCCACUAGUCAGUCGUCGUCGUCGCAUUUUUUUGUUGUGCAUUUCGAAUGCACAUUUUUUCCCUUCAGCUUCUUCUUUCACUAUGGACCUCUUCUUUUUGGUUUUGGUCUGGCCUUUUUUGUUGCGAUUUUGUGAGAGCAGCCCGUUUUUUGCACAUUUUUUGGAAGCAAUUUUGCGAGUUUCACGGACUUUCUAUAGAUAAUUUUGCAUUUUUUUCGGUGAAAUAUCGAUUUUUGGACUAGGGGCUGAUUUUUAGGUUUUUUUGAUUCUCAACAUUAGACUUUUUCGUCCUAUCUGAAAAUUUUUAGAAUUUUCAACCUAUCGUAUGAAUUUCAUUCUUCAGAUUCAGUAUAUACCGAUUUUGCCCUCAGAUUCGAAGUUUUAGCUCACGAAUUAGAGUUUUUCGUCGAAUUCCAUAAAAAUUUUGAUUUUCAUUAUUUUGAAGUUCUAUGCAUUUUUGUGCAGAAUUUUUGCUGUAAUUUUUUCCAUCUUAAAAUUUCGUCUUAGCACUUUGGGUCCAUUUUUGCAUGUCAGAAAUUUGAGUUUUUCUUCAGAAUUUCCAAUUUCUACCCUGAAAAUUCGUGUUUUUCUAUAUUUUUCCGUCCGAAAAUCUCAGAAAUUCGAUUUUUCAUUGAAAUAUCAGGGAAUUCUAGCUUGAAACCUGAAUUUUCCAGUUUUUUCUGGUUAAUUUGUUCCAGCCGAAAAUUUUUUUUCGUUCGAAAAAUCGGGAUUUUUUUCCAAAUUCGAGAUUCACAGCGCCGUUUUCCUUAAGAAAUUCAUUAGCAAAAAAAAGUUAUCUGAUUUUCUCCGUUUUUUUUUGCUCAUUCAUCAUUGUUGUAAAAAGUGCACUUUUUCUUCCUCGUUCACACCAAGAAAUUCCGUCAUUUUUCCCGCCAAAAGUGCUUACACACAUAGUUGUUGUUGAAAAAUUGAAUUCCCGAGUUUUGCGUGGUCCUAAAAACUUUUUUGCGCAUUGAUUCUCUGCGUCUCUAACCGCAGAGAGAAGCCUAAAGUAUUCCUUUGGCAAAAAGUAGUAGGCUUCAUCUUCUACUAGCAGCCGCCUUUGCACUCUUUUCGCUCUCUUCACCAAUUUCGCAUCUCUCGUCGUUGUCUUGCUUUCUCUAACCGUCUCGCCGACUCUCCUCAUCUACCAUACUCUCUCGGGGAGAGAGAAAAGAGUUUAGAAUUGGAGCUGUUUGGGACAGCCUUCUUCUCCUCUGCCUAUUUCUUCUGCUUUUCUUUUUCCGACCGAAACAUUUUAUUAGUUUUUUGAACGACUCUGAAAAUCUCUGAAAUUUCGAAGGGUUUUUUGGGACGAAGAUACCACACAUGUUUUCUUGAGAGAUUUAUGCGUUUUUUUGAAAUUCUCUAGGGAUUUUGUAGUUUCUAGGCUUCUUGAAGCUGAAAUUUUCUCUUGGAACUCAUCUAGGGCUCUUUUUUGUCUGAAAAUCUCGCCAAAUUUUUAGUCGAUUUGUCUGGGAAGCGGAAGCUAUGCCCAAUUUUUUCCUCAAAAAAUUAUUUUUUCCAGCUUUUUUCCAAAAUAACAUUUUCCCAUUUGUAUCUAUAAACAAUUUUUUCUAGCUUUUUUUCUGCGAAAAAGAUGAAAUUCAAUAAAAAUGUUGUUAUCCGCCCCGAACUUUUUUCCGUUUUUUUUUCCGAAAAAAAACCCAGAAAAAAAAAAGUUCUGAUCUUUUUUUCCCCGAAAUUUUUUCUCCUCGUGUUGUUUGCCAUUUCGAAAAUUUCUAAACAAAUUUUUUUCUUUGCUUUUUUUUUGUUUUAUUAUUUGCGCGCUUUUGCGCAAAAAAGAAUAGAAGGAUUGAAUUUCUCGUUUGUAUUGUUGUAAUUUUUAGGGUGAAUAAUGUGUGAAAAUUGGAAGUACCGUAGUAGCUAGACAAAUAGUGCAUAGGACCGUACCAGGCAGUUCUGGGCUAUUUUUUGAACGAUUUUUUUGGAUCUAGAGGUGAAUUUUGGUCAAUUUCCAAGUCCUAGAGCAUUUUCCGAUUAGUUGUAAGCUUCUGAAGCUGAUUUUUCAGUCUAGAAAGGUUCCGGACCAUUUUUCGUACGAAUAUUUAGCUUCUAAGCAUUUUUCUCGGCUUUAGAUGGUUUUUCAGCUUCUGGAGCACUUUUCUUGGUCCAGGACCAUUAUCUGACGAUUUUUCAAGGUUUCUAAAAACUUUAAACUUCUGGAGCUGAUUUUUUAGUCUUGAAAGAUUCCGUACGAUUUUUCGUCGAUUUUUGCAGCCCCUGAAGUGCUUUUGAUUUAUUUUUAGUAAUUCGAUACGAUAUCGAUUUGUUUCGCUGAAAAUUUUUGUUUGGUAUACAUUUCACUUCCGAUUCUUUCAACCCAACCUUGAAAAUGUUGCGUUUCACCGAUUUUCAAAUUGUUGUUUCCCUCUCGUGUUUCUCUGCGUCUCUCGCUAUUUCCUCUCGCCAAUUAAAAACUCUUCCAAUUUUUUGUGUCAAAAUCAAUUUUUCAAUGUGAUUUUUCGAUCUAGUUUUUCUCUAUUCAGCCCCACCAAAAAAACAGCAAGAAUUAAUUAUUGAUGGGAAAAAAUGCUUUUUUUCGCCCAGUUUUAUGCAUAUAUAUGUUAUGAAUGGGAAAAUGCGCAGAGUUCGCUGCUGUUUUUUUCAGCCAGCCACUUUUAAUAACUCCUACACUGUUUGCUUUAGGGAAAGUGAUAUUUGUUUGUUUGUACCUAGCUUAAAGCUUAGACUGGAAAUUAUAGAGUUUUGGAGCAUUUUUUGGCUCGAAGUUUUGAAGCUCUACACUAAUUUUGAACCGAAAAACAGGAAUUUUGAGAUCUUUCGGAUUGUGCAACCUAAAAUUCAUGAUUUUCUACUCUUUCCUACGACAUUUUUGAGCUCCUGAGCUAUUUUAGGCUGAAAAUUCGAGAUUUUUCCAAGCUGGAACCUCGGAAGAUCGAUUUUCAACUAGAAUUCGAAUUUUUCUGUCUGAAAAUCCACAUUUUCCGGAUGUUUUUAGCGCCGGAAAUCGUAUAGAUACUAAUUUUUGAUGAUUUCCGUUUCCUUUCCCAUUUUUUCCAGCCAAAACUUGUUCCAGAUCAAUUUCACUUUCCUCUUCUUCUUUUUCUUCUCUAUUUUUUCUCUCUCGAAACUUUUGAAAAUGUUUCGAUUUCGACCUUUGUUUACCCAUCGCCACACAAAAUUGGUCGUCUUCUUUUUUUUCGCCGCAUUUUUCUUCAUUUUUCGUCCAUCUUCAUUUCAUUUGAUUUGAAUUACACAACAAAACAGACCGAGAAAAAAAACAUCGAAUUAAAUGUUUUUUUUUUCUUUUUGAUCGUUGCUAACGAUGAAGAUGGAUGGAAAAACAACAAAAUUAUGACAUUUUCGUUGUAAUUUGUGUUGGUUUUUUGGAGGCAAGGAAGUUUUUUUUGGCUAAAUUUCGAGAUUUUUCGUGUAGUUCUCUUGAAGGAUCAUGUUUUUCGGAUUUUCUGACCAAAAAUCUGAUCCUGUAGCGAAAAUUUGAGAUUUUUCGUGUAGUUCUCUUGGAGCAACCGAUUUUUCUGAUUUUCUGACCAAAAAUCUGAUCAUGUAGCGAAAAAUUGAGAUUUAUUGUGUAGUUCUCGAGGAAAAUUGGAUUUUUCUGUGAUUUUCUCUCCAGAAGCUGUAUAUUCUGUGUAGUUCUCCUGGAAUAUCCGUUUUUCUUUGAAUUCCUGACAAGAAUUCGUAUUUUCCGUGUAGUUCUAUUGGAGGACCCAUUUUUUGUUGAAAAUCUGGUCUCUUAACCAAAAAUUAAAGUUUUUCUGUGUAGUUCUCGAGGAAAAUUGUGAUUUUUCCCCCCAAAGCCUAUCUAUUUUCCAUACCAAAAAUGCACAUUUUUUCCAUCAAAAAUGAAAUUUUUUAUGUGAAAAUUGGAGACUUUCACAUAAAAAUUAUGCAAAUGCGAAUUUUUUGUUUUAUUUUAUUGGAAAAAUUUGAUUUCCUUUUCCUCAAGAAAACAAUAAAAAAUGUAUCGAUUUCCAAUAUUUCGUAUCAUUUUUCCAAAAUUUUCCAUAUAAAAAUAAUUUUCACAUGAAAAAAUUAUUCAAAAAGUCGAUUUUUCUUUGGUGACCAAUGGCCAAAAAGUGCAAUGACCGGUCAGUUUUUCGCCUAUUUUCUCACCCAAAAAUUAUUGCACCCCGUUUCUCUGCGUCUCUCUGUUUUCCCUGCUCUCUUGCUUUUCUCUUGGCACCUGCUCUAUUCAUUUAGUUAAAUAGUUUGAAAGAGAGAACAUUUUUCGAAUAUUAUGUUGCAUUUUUGAGGUUCGAGAUGGGUUUUCGCAGAAAUUUUGGGUUUACUGGGAGAUUUUAGGGAUGUUAGUUGAAAAUCUAGCACCUAGGUCGAAAAUUUUGCUGUAAUUUGUCUGAAAAUCUCAUAUUUGCGCUGUAAACUUGUUUCGGACUGCAAAAUCAAAUUUUUCCAAUUUUUUCCGCUCUCUUACAAGUUUCCCAGUCGUUUUUAGGGUCUGAAACUAAGCUGAAAAUGACCUAGAGCUCCAAUUUUCUGUCUGAAAAUUCCGAGUUUGAAUGAUUUUUCGUCCGAAUUUCGCUCAAAACCUUAUUUUUUAGCUGUGAGUUUCGAAUCUAGAGUCAAAUUUCUCGUUUUCCCAUCGAUUUUUCAUCUGAAAAUCACCCAAACCCAAUUUCCUUCCGGAAAAUUUCGAUUUCGUUCCGCUCAAUUACAAGUUUCUUCCUUUCCUAGUCUAUUCCAUCCAUUUUUCGAUCUUUUUUCGUUCUCUUCUAUUUUUUGCGUAAUUGCUCGCCGAGUUCUAUUUCUUCUCCCCCAGAGUUUUUUCUUGUAACCAUGGUUUCCAUUUUUUUUUGCUUCAGUCGAUUUAUUUAUUUUUGUGUGGUGGCCAUAAGCUUAUUAGUCGCUACUUUUUUCUCAUUUUCUCUGUCUCUGAUAAUUUUUUUUCAUUUUUCUGAGAUCAAAAAAACAUGUUGAUGUCAUGAAAAUAUGAGUCAUUUUCCCCCGUUUUUCCGUUUUUCUUGGAAAAAAUUCGUUUUUGGUGAUUUGAUUUUUGAUAAAUCGCAUUUUUGGCUCAUUUUUUGGUCGCUCCGGAAAUUGUUGAUAAGGAAUAUUUUUUGUUUCGUGUGGGAAACAAAAAAUGUUGAUUUUUGAGCAAAUUUCGUCAUGUGCUCGUUCUUAACCUGAGAAAUGGAGAGUUUUUAUCAGAAAACCCGCAUUUUUCAGCUAGAAUUUGAGGAUUUUUGGAUAGAAUUCACGCUAAGGCCUAAGGCCCCCUUUCAGGCUUGUCUAGACCACAAUUUUCUUCGAAUUUUAGGUCGUUCUCUGUUCCUGGCGAAAUUUGUCUUUGGACAAAUUAUAGGCUUGUUUAGACUCUUUGAAACCUUUUCUCAAAACAAGAAAUUUCAAAAUUUGUCUGAAAAUCUGGAAUUUCACUAAAAACUGCGAUUUUACCGGUGAAAUUUUAGAUUUUUUGGCAGAGAUGCGUAAGCUAUGCCCAAAUUUUCGAAUUUUUGAACUUGAGAUGGUUUUGGAGCUCGAAAUUGAUCAAUUUUGAGCUUCAGAACUCGAAAAUCUGAAAUUGUCGUUUUCGUGUUGAAAAUAUGCUGGAAUUUCAGCCAACAUAUUUUCAACAGGAAAUCGGCAGAGAUGCGGAAGCUAUGCCCAAAAUUUUUGGAUUUUUAGCUCUGAAAAUUUCGAGAUUUUUUCCCUCCACCAAAAAAAAGAGUGAUUUUUGAACGUAUGACGUCAGAAAGAUGAGCAAAAUGUCAACAUUGUCUUUUUGCUCUUUUUCUUCUCUUCUUCUCCUUUUUCCUAUUAAUAAAUACGAAACCGAAAGUUUUUCGUGUUUUUGACCAUUUCAUUGACCGAUCGAAAAUUGAGCAUUUUUCCCAGGCUCCGCCCACUUUUUUUUUGAAAAUUUUGAAAUAGGGGUUCCCUAAGCCCCGCCCACUUUUUGUGUCUGAGAUUUUUGAAAUUUUGAAAUUCAUUUCUGAAAUCCCCUUCCUCCUUGUUAUUUUUGCACUUUUUCUCUAGCCCCAUGGGAAAGGUAAACAAAAAGUUUUUGUUUCUUGUUUUUGGUGAAUCAUGGUGUUUUUCUUUGCCCACCGAAAAACAAUGCCUAUUUUUCUGUUUUCGUUGAGACAUUUUCAAGGUUUCUGUAGGAUUUUUCCUGAAAAUUUGGCCGUAAAAUCGUCCCUGAAGCCUAUUUUUGCACCAAAAUUGCUCCUGAACCGCUAUUUCCAGCCUAAAAGCCUAAUUUGGCUGAAAAUUGGUCCGGAACCCUUAUUUUCUACUGAAAAAACCUAUUUUUAUCGGAAAAUCUGGAAUUUUUGACUGAAAAUUGAUCUAGAACUAUAUUUUUUGUUGAAAAUCGGAUUUUUCUGAAAUUUUCUUGUUAUUUAGGAGUUCCAGCUACUGAAAAUUGAUCUUAAACCCUAUUUCCAGUCGAAAAGCCUAAUUUGGCUGAAAAUUGAUUCAUUCUACUGAAAAACUGAAUUUUUUCGAAAUCAGAAAGUUUCCAGCCGAAAAAACCCAUUUUUGACCAGAAAAUCUGGAAUUUUGACUGAAAAUUGAUUUACAGCCCUAAUUUCUUCUGAAAAUCUUGAUUUUCCAGAUUUUUUUGUUCAAAAAUAUCCACAGUAUUUGCUGAUUUUGUGAUCUGAAAAGCUUUACUUUUUAGUAGAUUUUCUCCUGCUGAAAAUCAAUUUUUGAGCCAUUUUUUGUGUCAAAAAUCCGAAAAAAAACCUAUUUUUGACCAGAAAAUCUGGAAUUGUUUGAUUUAGAGCCCUAAUUUCUUCCUCUAACCUUGAUUUCCUCCCAAUUUCCUACCAAAAUUCCUCAAUUUUGCUCUUCCAGACCUUCUCAACAACCCGUCCAAAUCCACGAAAUGUCUGCGCAGUCACAGGCCGCCCGGCCCGAUAUUUCGACCCAAUUACACAACUACCGUACUCCACCGCCUAUGCGUUCAAAGUGAUUCGAGACAAAUAUCACAAGUAUUUGAGAAGUGUGGCGAAAACCGAGGGAAAUCAAGAGGUACGGUGGAUUUUGGGCGGGAAAUUUUGACCUUACAAUCAGGUUACUGUAGCAUUUUUGGGCGCCAAAAAUUGUCCCGAAAAUUGAUGAAAAUAUCAAUUUCUUAUCAAUUUUUCCCCUUUUUUGCUACUGUACAAAACAAUUGCUCAUAUUAUAUUUAUUACACAUUGGAAAAUGAUUCUUUUUUUUUUCUCUUAUCAAUUCGAUUUUGCAAAAAAAAUGUACUGUAUUUUGGAGGAUUUUAGGCCCAGAAACUAGACUAUAGUUUGGCCUGAAAUUACAGUACUUUAGGCCUAAAACAUAGUCUAAUUUAGCCUUAGCCUUGGUCUGCAAAUCUAGGCUUUUUUAGGCCCAAAAUUUAGAUUUUUCGGCCCAGAAUCUAGAGUAGUUUAGGCCCAGAAAUCUACAGUAGUUUAGGGCCUAAAAUUCCUCUGGAAUCUAGUAAUCUUGGUACAAAAUUACAGUCUCUUUAAAGCCUGAAUACUACAGUAGUUUAGGGCCUAAAUAUUAGACUAUUUUUGUGAUUUCAGGCCUGGAAGGCCUAAAAGUACAGUAGUCUAGGCCCAAAAUCUGGUCCAAUUUUUAGACCUAUCCUAAAAUCUUUUUUUUCCAGAUUCGAGAAUAUUUGGAACGCCUGAAACAAGUUCCCACUCCACCGGAUUCACCAAUUCCUCAAGUUUCGCUAAAUUCGACUUCAACAUGAUGAAUCUCACAAUUUUUUGUAUAUAAAUCUGAAAAUUUCACAUUUUUCACAUUAUUUUACCCAUUACUAGGUUUCUAGACCUUGAAAUAUCUGAAAAUUCCAAAAAAAAAACAUUUUUUUCAACCCUAAUUUGAUGAAUUUUUGCAGUUCUGGGCUACUUGCUGAAGAUUAGAAGAGGAACAAUCGGAAGAAGCGACAAAAAGUAGUAGAGGUGGGGAAAAAGCUGAUUUUCAGCAGAAAAAUCUGAAAUUUUGGCUGAAAAUUUCCAAAAUUUAUCUGAAAAUCUCGAUUUUUCAUAGGAAAAUGCAGGUUUACUUGUGUUUUCACAUGAAAUUUUGAGAUUUUUGGAUAAAUUUUGAUAGCCUACGAAAAAUGCGUCAGCUAACAGUCUUGGCGCAUUUUUAGAAGCCUUGCUAACGCAUUUUUGGUAGAAUCUGUGAAAUUUGCGCCAUCAUAAAGGCUUGACGCCAUACAUGUUUUACCCCUGGAUUUAUCCAGGGUUGCGGUCUUACUAACUCCGAAAAAAAAUUUGAGGUCCUACUAACUUUUUUUUUGAAAAUCGAUUUUUUUGAAAAUUUUUUUAGUUAGUUAUCAUCAUAAAGUUUUGAACAUGAAAUAAUUUUUCGAUUUCAAAAUUGCUCUAGAUUAUGUCACAAGGUCCACUCUUACUCAUUAUUCAAAAUAAAUGCUUUUUCUGAAAGAUCUAAUGAGACCGAACCAAAAACUAUCGAAAAUCUACUUUUUUCAUCAAUACACCACUUUUAUCAUCAUAAAGUGUUGAACCAAAAUUGAUUUUAGCAUCUGAAAAUUGUUCUAGGUUAUGCCACAAGGUAUAUUCUUAAUUAUUAUCCAGAAUAAAUGCCCUUUCUGAAAGGUCUACUGAGACCGCCGGCCCAAAAACUAUCGAAAAUCUACUUUUUUCAACAAUACACCACUUUUAUCAUCAUAAAGUGUUGAACGAAAUUUGGUUUUUGUAUCUGAAAAUCAUUCUCGGUUAUGUUACAAGGUCCCCUCUUAGGUAUUAUGCAAAAUAAAACCCCUUUCUAAGAAGUCUACUGAGACCGCCGGCCCAAAAACUAUCGAAAAUCUACUUUUUCAUCAAUACACCACUUCUAUCAUCAUAAAGUGUUAAACCAAAAUUGAUUUUAGCAUCUGAAAAUCGUUCUAGGUUAUGCCACAAGGUCUAUUCUUAAUUAUUAUCCAGAAUAAAUGCCCUUUCUGAAAGGUCUACUGAGACCGCCGGGCACUUAUAUAAAAUUCUGGAUAAAAUCCAGGGUAACCCUGGAUAAAAUCCAGUGGUCUCAACUAUUUUCCCCAUGCAGCAUUAUUUAUCAAUUUCAUAGUUCAAUAUACCUCAAUAGGACCUCUAGACACACUGUGCAAAUUUUCAAGUGAAAAUAUUAAUUUUGACAUACUUUUCUAGGUUUUGAGUUUUCUGGUAAUAACCAAUUUUCAACAUUUUCGAAUGGAAAAAAGUAUUUUAUCGUAUUUAUUCAUUGAAGAUAAGCUUUUAUAUUGUUGUAUAAGGUCUAAAGAAUUCGUAUUUCAAUUUACAAUUCAAUCCAUGAUUGUCUUCUAUAUUUUUUUGAAUAAUUGAAUGUAAAAUACAAAAAUGUAAUUUACUGUUUGUGUUUUUUCUAUCUCUCAAACGCAUCCUAUUCAAAUGAGAAAAACAGCAUGCGGGUUAUGUGGGCACACAUAGCGCAGUGGUAGAGCGCUGAGUUAGGGACCCAAUGGUAGCUACCAUAGGGUUCGAGUUCACAUACUGGAAACGUGUUGCAAAAUUUUUCAAUUUUUUUCGAAAAAAAAAUAAAAAAUUUUUUUAGUGUGGGAGGCUUUUGCCCCCACACUAACGGUCUUACUAACUUUGAAAAUUUUUAUUUGAGGUCUCGCUAACUGUAGGGGUCGAUCCAGGGAGAAAAACAUGUAUGUUGACGCAUUUUCUGUAGCCUAGCCUACACAAUAUGCGUCAGCUAAAAGCUUUGCCUGAAAAUCUCGAAAUUUUCAUAGGAAAAUGCAGGUUUACUUGUGUUUUCACAUGCAAUUUCGAGAUUUUCAGAUAAAUUUUGCCCGGAAGCAAAAAAAUCACAAAAAUUGCUGAAAAUCUGAAAUUUCACUGAAAACUCUGAUUUUUUCAGUGAAAUUUGGGAUUUUUGGCAGAGAUGCGGAAGCUAUGCCCAAAUUUUCGAAUUUUUCACUUAAAAUCACGCAUUUUCAGCCAAAUUUACCCAAUUUUCUUGCAGAUGGCAAAAGGCGGCGACGAAAAUGCGACACUAAUGAACGGUGUCGAGAAUAUUCCGGCCGGACGCUCGAAUCAAGACGACGGACCACAAACAUUUGCACAAUUUUUGUACAACAAGAAGAAUGGAACAGUUUUGGGCAGAAAUGGAAAAUCGUGGUUCCAGGUGAGCAGAUUUUUGACCAAAAAUUAGCCAGGGAGCUCAAAAAUGCCCAAAUUUCUUGCAGAUUAUCGUGUUCUACAUCAUUUUCUAUAUUCUUUUGGCCGCUUUCUGGCUCGCUUGUCUCACACUUUUCCUUCGAACAUUGGAUCCGAAAACACCGAGAUUUUAUGGAAAAGGAACUAUUAUUGGUGAGAUUUUGACCGGAAAAUUGAAUUUUUCAUGAAAAUUUGAUCUAAAGUUUUGUAAAAAUACAGUUUUUGUUCAAAAUUUCACGAAAUUCAUGAAUUUUACACUAAAAACACCCUAUUUUUGCAGGUGUCAACCCUGGAGUCGGUUAUCAACCAUGGCUAAAAGAGAAUCCCGAUUCGACGCUCAUCAAAUACAACAUCAAAGACGCCGCCACCUACAAACCGUACACCGAACAAUUAACACGCUAUUUGACGAAAUAUCAGGAGAAAAAUGAGACGGAGACACGAGAUUGUGGACCGAAUGAUAAUAAUGGAGAAUUGGAUAAGGAGGUAGAGGAUUUGUGCUGAAAAACCUGAAAUUUAUCUGAAAACCCCGAUUUUUCAUAGGAAAAUGCAGGUUUACUUGUGUUUUCACAUGAAAUUUCGAGAUUUUCAGAUAAAUUUUGAUAGCCUACGAAAAAUGCGUCAGCUAGAAGCUUUGCUGACGCAUUUUUGGUAUCAUAAAAGCUUGACGUAUUUUUAGUAGCCUAGUCUACACAAUAUACGUCAGCAAAGAGCUUUGCCUGAAAUUUAUCUGAAAAUCUCGAAUUUUUCAUAGGAAAAUGCAGGUUUACUUGUGUUUUCAUAUGAAAUUUCGAUAUUUUUGGAUAAAUUUUGCCCGGAAAAUAACAAAUCUCAAGUUUUUGCUGAAAAUCUGGAAUUUCACUGAAAACUGCGAUUUUUCCGGUGAAAUUUUGGAUUUUUGGCAGAGAUGCGGAAGCUAUGCCCAAAUUUCGAUUUUUCACAGAAAAUCGGGGAUUUCCAGCCUAAUUUGACAAAUUUUUAUCAUUUUUCUUCAAAUUUUCACAAUUUCCGCCCAAAAAUCCUCCAUUUUUACAGGGAGUUCUACCAUGUCGUUUCGAUUUGGCUCAAUUCGAAGCAGGAUGCGGUGCAAAAUCAGAUUUCGGCUUCAAAGAGGGUAAACCAUGCGUCGCGAUCUCAUUAAAUCGAUUGAUUGGCUGGCGACCAGUGAGUUAUGAUAAAUCAUCGAUUCCCGAAGAGAUCAAAUCGAGAUAUAAGGAUGGAAGUAUUGCAAUCAAUUGUCAAGGAGCAAAUGAUGUUGAUAAGGUGAGAAAUUUGGAGCAAAAUGAGCAAUUUUGGGGGUUUUCAGCACAAAAUUUGGUCAAAAACGAGCUAAACCCGGGUUUUUGAAGCAAUUUUUGAUAGAAUUUGACUUAUCCUAACUCUAUUUUUGUAGGAACACAUUGGAAAAAUCAAAUAUAUGCCAAAUCACGGAAUCGACGGACGCUAUUAUCCAUACGUCUUCACACCAGUGAGUUUUUUGAGGGGAUUUUGGGCUGAAAAUGAGCUGAAACACGGUUUUCAGGUCGAAAAUUGGACUAUUUUCGCUCAGAAAAUCGGAUUUUCCCCUAGAACCAUAAAAAAUACCAUUUUAAUUCAAAAAUAAGCCUAAACCAGUGUUUUUAAGUGAAAAUUCACGAAUUUUCGUCCAAAACAAAAUAGUAGGUCAAUAUAGUUUUGCUGACGCAUUUUCUGUAGCCUAUACUACACAAUAUGCGUCAGCUAAGAGCUUUGCCUGAAAUUUAUCUGAAAAUCUCGAAUUUUUCAUAGGAAAAUGCAGGUUUACUUGUGUUUUCACAUGAAAUUUCGCGAUUUUCAGAUGAAUUUUGGUUCUAAAUCAAUAGUUCUAAUGCAAAACUUGCUGAAAAUCUGAAAUUUCACUGAAAACUCCCGAUUUUUUCAGUGUAAUUUGGGAUUUUUGGCAGAGAUGCGGAAGCUAUGCCCAAAUUUUCAAUUUUUUUAGCUGAAAAUCCCAGAUUUUCAGCCAAAAUUCUCCUAAAAUAAUAUAUUUUGCAGUCAUACCAACAACCAAUUGCCUUCCUCAAAUUCCUCGAAUUGCCCAAGAAUAAAUUGGUGAUCGUAGAAUGCCGUGCUUAUGCAUUGAACAUCGAACACGAUGUUUCGACUCGCCUAGGAAUGGUUUAUUUCGAAUUGAUGGUUGAAGACAAAGCGCUGGAAACUAAGAAGGAACUGUAGAGAUUUCAGUUAUAUAUUUUCAGAAAUUGUAGAGAUUUAGACUAUUUUAUUUGAUAUAUGUACCACAAAAUAUAGAAAAAUGGCUGGGAAUUGGGUGGGGGGAUUUUCGAGGUUUCCAUGGGAAAAUUCAGGCUUGACUUGGAUUUUCAGAUGGAGAUUUAGAAGAUUCCUGGCUGAAAAUUGUGAAAUUCCGAGCUCUCCAGCUUGAAUUUCAUGAUUUUCAGCCGAAAAACUGAUUUUCGAGGUUUCCAUGGGAAAAUCUAGGCUUGACCUUGGUUUUCAGAUGGAGAUUUAGAAUUUCAGACAAUUUUUAGCUGAAAAUCUGAAAUUUUGAGCUCUCCAGCUUGAAUUUCAUGAUUUUUAGCCGAAAAACUGAUUUUCGAGGUUUCCAUGGGAAAAUCUAGGCUUGACCUGGAUUUUCAGAUGGAGAUUUAGAAUUUCAGACGACUUUUAGCUGAAAAUCUGAAAUUUUGAGCUCCCCAGCUUGAAUUUCAUGAUUUUCAGCUAGAAACCUCUUCCCCGUUUACGAAAUCUAUAGCUGAAAAUCAGAUUUUCAGCCCCAGAUUUCCAGAUUCCCGCCCGAUUUUCAGCCAAAAUCUCCCCGCAUUCCAUUGUUUUUUUUCGAUUUUCUUCAAAAAUUUAGGUGUUUAAGUGCCUCUCUCUCUAAGUUUUUACCCAUUUUCAUCCCGAAACAGCAAAAUUUGGCUUAAAAAUGCCGCCCCCUUCGUUUUUUUCUGAAAAUUUCAGACUUAUUUUUUAAAUUUUUGUGCUCAUUCAUUUUUCACCGAUUUUUCGAGAUUUUUCCCCGUUUUUCUUCACUGCCCCUAGUAUUUUCCCUCUUCCCGCGAGAUUUUCAGUGAAAAUUUCCUAGUUUUAAGGCUUUUUGAUCCCAUUUUUCACCGAUUCAGCAUAUUAUUUUCAUUUUUUUUCUAAUUUUAUCCGAUUUUUUUUUUUGAUUUUUCAUAAUUUUUCAAUUUCUUUAAGGAAAUAAAUGUGUUUUAAUAAGGUUUUUGGCCGAUUUUCGAUGGUAUUUUUAUGUUCCUUUAAAUGUUACUAAUCAUUUUUGAGUGAAUAUCUAAUUUUUGGGUGCGGGACUUAACCUAACUUACCUUGUGAAAUGAAAAUUUGUCGAUUUCCCAUUGAAAAUCCGGAAUUUCACUGAAAAUUUGGGGGAUUUUCAGUGAAGUUGCGGGUUUUCAAUGGGAAAUUGGCAGAGAUGCGGAAGCUAUGCCCAAAUUUUCGAAAUUUGCCUGAAAAUCCCGAUUUUUCAUAGGAAAAUGCAGGUUUACUUGUGUUUUCACAUGAAAUUUUGAGAUUUUCAGAUAAAUUUUGGUUCUAACACUGAAAAUCACGAGAUCCAAUGAAAAGUUUGCGGAAAAUCUGAAAUCUCACUGAAAACUGCGAUUUUUUCAGUGAAAUUUGGGAUUUUUGGCUGAGAUGCGGAAGCUAUGCCCAAAUUUUUGAAUUUUUUGGAAAAAUUUGAAUUUUGGGACUGAAAAUUGAGCCCAGAGCUUAAAAUUUCAAAAUUUGCCUCAAAAUCUCGAUUUUUCAUAGGAAAAUGCAGGUUUACUUGUGUUUUCACAUGAAAUUUUGAGAUUUUCAGACAAAUUUUGACCCACACACUGCAAAUUUGCUGAAAAUCUGAAAUUUCACUGAAAACUCCGAUUUUUUCAGUGAAAUUUGGGAUUUUUGGCAGAGAUGCGGAAGCUAUGCCCAAUUUUUUGAAUUUUUUGGGAUUUUCAACUUUGAGAGCUCAAAAUUCUUCAUACCAAAAAAAUCUGAAAAUUCCAGCCAAUUUCAAAUUUUCCACUGAAAAUCUCGAAAAAAUUUCACUUUUCUCACCUUUUUCUCACAAGUAUCUAUUCCUCUUGAGAGAAAACUGGAUUUUUUUUGUAUUAUAUGGGGCUAUAAAUAAAAUCAUGUGAUUUUUUUUAUUAGGAAAUCUUAGGUGGUUUUCAUCGUUUUUUGUGUGUAAAAUUGUGAUUUUUGGCUGAAAAUUGCUGAAAAUCCCGAAUUUUUCGCCUAAAAUUGACCUAAAUUCCAAAAUUUUGCCCAUCUUCAGAAUAGUGCCAUCACCAUUUGGAGAAAGUCGGGCUGCCGCCCGACUUUGUACAAACAACGAAAUGACGUCACGUGUAAAAUGUAUACAGGAUAGGAAAUUUGCGUUUUUGACACAGGUAAAUUGGCUGAAAAUCCCUGAAAAUUUCCAAAAUUUAUCUGAAAAUCCCGGAUUUUCAUAGGAAAAUGCAGGUUUACUUGUGUUUUCACAUGAAAUUUCGAGAUUUUUGGAUUAAUUUUGGUAGGCUACAAAAAACGCGUCAGCUAUGAGCCUUGGCGUAGUUUUUGUAGGUCAAUUAGGUUGCUGACGCUUUAGCCUACAAAAAUUGCGUCAGCAAAAUGUUUUUUAACGAUUUUUAUUCCAUAAAGUUUUGCUGACGCAUUUUCUGUAGCCUAGACUACACAAUAUGCGUCAGCAAAGAGCUCUGCCUGAAAUUUAUCUGAAAAUCCCGAAUUUUUCAUAGGAAAAUGCAGGUUUACUUGUGUUUUCACAUGAAAUUUCGAGAUUUUCAGAUAAAUUCUGGUUCUAACUCUGAAAAUCUGAAAUUUCACUGAAAACUCCCGAUUUUUUCAGUGAAAUUUGGGAUUUUUGGUAGACAUGCGGAAGCUAUGCCCAAAUUUUCGAAUUUCUAGCUGAAAAUCCACGAAAUCCCAGAUUUUCAGCCAAAAUUCUGGAAAUUUUUGCAGGUAACCCGACCCGACUACCGUAGUCUCCCCACCACCACCGAAUCUUCGCCAACACAUCAAAGGAGUACGGUAGAUGAUGAUGUAGAAGAAAAUCAUCAUAUUCAAUCAACCAUUCGACGAAUCUACAGUAAUCCUGGCACGGCGCCAAUUGCGACGCCAGAAGAUGAGGAAUUUUGUUUGGAUGACGAAGAGGAACACGAUGUGUAAGGGGUUUUUGGGCUGAAAAUGCUGAAAUUCGUGAAUUUUGGCUGAAAAACGCUGAAAAUAUCGAUUUUCCAGCUGAAAAUCGUGAUUUUCAGCUUCUAACAGCUGAAAAUCUGAAAAUAAUUAACCCUAAUUUUCCAGAAAAUCAGAGCCGAUUCUGGUGAUGUCGGAAUCGCUGAAAACCAUCAAAGCCGAUGCUGAAAAUGAGGAAGAAGCUGAAAAAGCUGAAAAUUUGGCUCCAGAAGCUGGAAACGCUGAAAAUUUGGCUCCAGAAGCGGAAAGAUCAGGAAAAUCAGCUGCAGAAGACGAAAAAUCAUCCAAAAGUGCUCCAGAACCUCCAGAAGCUCAGAAAUGUGCCCUAGAACCUUCUGAAGCUUCAAAAUCUGCUCCAGAACCUCCAGAAGCUCAGAAAUCUGCUCCAGAAUCAAUCCAAGCUCAAAAAUCAGCUCCAGAAUCUUCAGAAGCUUCAAAACCUGCUCCAGAAGAUUUGAAGACUCAAAAAAGUGCUCCAGAAGUCAAAAAAUCAUCCAAAAGUGCUUCAGAAGUCGAAAAAUCAUCCAAAAGUGCUCCAGAAUCUGGAAAAUCCGAAAAAUCUGCUCCAGAACAUUCAGAAGCUCAGAAAUCUGCUCCAGGAUCUUCAGAAGCUCAGAAAACCACCCCUAGAGCUUCCCAGGCUGAAAUUUCUGCUCCAGGAGCUUCCCAGGCUGAAAUUUCUGCUCCAGGAGCUUCCCAGGCUGAAAUUUCAGCUCCAGGACCUCCAGAAGCUCAAAAUUCUGCUCCAGAGCUCAAAAAACCAUCAAAACUCAGUCUAGAAGCCUCUGAAAUUGCUGAAAAUCCAUCGCCGCUCGAAGAAGAAAUUCGAAAAAUGACCGAAAGUUUCGGCCUUCCAAAUCAGGCUGUUCUGGAGACUUUGGACGAGGAUACAAUUGAUGAAACUGAAGAUGAAGAAGAACAAGAAGAUAAUGAGCUUAUAACUAAAUUGGUAAGGGAUUUAGGGGGAUUUUGAGCGAAAAAUUGGAAAAUUUGAUGAAUUUUGAGCUAGAAAUCAUGAAAAUUGAGCCAAAAUUGAUAAAAAUUCGGAAAUUUCAGCCAAAAAUCGAUUUUCAGCUAUUUUUCUCACACUUAUUAACCCAAAACACAAUUUUUGGUCCCGCCAAAAAUUAUUGCUCAUAAAUUGUCCUUUUUGUCACAAAAUCCAAAAUCCCCGGAGAUUUUUUUGUUUUCUUUUCGAAAAACCAAAAUUUUUUCGAAAAACGCAACACUUUUCCUUAUUUUCUUCCCCAUUUUCACGACGAAAUUCGAUCUUUUUUUUGGCGCCAAAAAUGUGAAAUGCAAUUAAAUUGGGAAAAGCUUGUUUUUCAGAAUGAGCCGAGAAAUUUGAGCAUUUUUCUUGGCUCCGCGCGAGAUUUUUAAUUGAAAUUUUGGAAAUUUUUGAGCUAAAAAUGAGUAAAAAUCAGGUUUUUGAGUUAUUUUUACAAGAAAAUCUGAUUUUUAUGAUAUUUUGAGCAUUUUUCCCCGCAAAAAUCCCAAAAUUUAUCUGAAAAUCUCGAAUUUUUUCAUAGGAAAAUGCAGGUUUACUUGUGUUUUCACAUGAAAUUUCGAGAUUUUUGGAUGAAUUUUGAUAGCCUACGAAAAAUGCGUCAGCUAGAAGCCUUGGCGUAUUUUUAGAAGCUUUGCUGACGCAUUUUUGGUAUCAUAAAGGCUUGACGCAUUUUCUGUAGCCUAGACUACACAAAAUGCGUCAGCUAAAAGCUUUGCCUGAAAUUUAUCUGAAAAUCUCGAAUUUUUCAUAGGAAAAUGCAGGUUUACUUGUGUUUUCACAUGAAAAUUUGAGAUUUUCAGAUAAAUUUCAGUUGUAACUCUGAAAAUCAAUAGUUCUAAUGCAAAAUUUGCUGAAAAUCUGAAAUCUCACUGAAAACUCUGAUUUUUUCAGUGAAAUUUUGGAUUUUUGGCAGAGAUGCGGAAGCUAUGCCCAAAUUUUCGAAUUUUAGCUGAAAACUUGGGAUUUUUCUGAAAAUCUUGAAGUUUAGCUCAUUUUUUCACUGAAAAUUUCCAUAUUUUCAGCAAAUUCCUUCAAAAAUCUGAAAAUUUCCAGGAUCGAGAGAUGGUUUUUGGCGCCUGGAACGAAAAUUCCUCAAAACCAACAUCCUUAUCACUUUUAUCGUAUUGUUGCUCAAAAACAUCGAGAAAAUCAGAAGAAGAUGAAGCUGGAUCUUCGAAAAAUCUGCUGGAAAAUGAGAAUCUGGAUGAAGAAGAUUCUGAAAAUUCUGAAAUUUUGAGCCAAAAAACACCGUGCUCUUCUGAUGAGGCAGUCCUUCAACAAUCACUUUUACAACUACAAAAACAGUUGCGGAAAUCGGAUGUGAAAUGUUCGAGAUUGGAGAAGAUUUGUCAAUUUCAGCAGGUUAGGGCUGAAAAUUUCGAAAAAUUCAGAAAAUUUGCGAUUUUUUGAGCUGAAAUUCAUCAAAUUUUAAUUUCAGGCGAUUUUUCAGAAUUUUCAAAAAAAAAAUUUUUUCUAAAAAUUUUCAAAAAAUUUCAGAACUUUGCUUCAAAAUUAGCGAAAAAUCUGAAAAUUUGCGAUUUUUUGAGCUGAAAUUCAUGAAAAUUAAAAUUUUUAGCUAUUGAACAAAACUAGACUCUAGUUAUCUCAAAUAGUCAACUAGAGUCUAGUUUCAGAAUUUCUAAAUUCCGAUGAAUUUUCUGGCAAUUUUUCAAAACUAGAGUCUAGUUUGAAUUUCAGACUAGAGUCUAGUUCAGGCUUGUAAACAGUUGUGAAGUUUUUGAAAACUAGACUCUAGUUUUCUCAAAUUUUUCCUAACAUGAGCAAUGUUUUUUUCCUUUCAAAAUUUAUAUUCAAAAAAUUCCAAAUUUUCUGAAAAUUCCAGAUUUUCCACACAAAAAUCCUGAAAACUCCCAAAAAUUCCAAUUUUUCUCGAAUUUUCAGAAAGACAUUGAUAGUCUUCGAUUCGAAAUGGAUUGGAAAGACAAACGAAUCGAAUAUCUACAAAAAACCCUCGAAGAAAUGGAGCUGAAAUCGAAAAAGCCUGAUAAUUAG